ACGGCUGAAAGAUCGAAGGACUCAGCCAACGGUUAACCGUUAGGAGUUGACAUUAAAGUUUGGUUUGCAAGUUUAUUUAACUCGAUUUCACGGAACCGGAGACCCAUUAAAACCAUUUUGCUGCCCGUACAUCCACUGACGAUCCUCUGAACGUGACCAGAUGCAUUCAACAGGACAAGAGUGAGGAGAGAGGAAGUGAUGGAGGGCAGGAUGAAGUCUGCAGCUGCACAGGCACAGGCUGAGGAGCGGCGCAGCCUGGCAAGCAACAGUCCAGGACCUACAACCAACACAUCAGCUAAACCUCAGGGGUGUAGGCCAGUUAUUGAUGGUGCCUCACUUAGAAUAGACGACCGACUGCGAGUGGCAAAAGAGAGACGGGAGGAGGCCGAGAAACAACAGGCUUUGCGGGACUCUCAGAUCAUGGAGCGGGAGCACAAAGCCAAGCUGCAAGUGGAGCGUCAGAUGGAGGAGCGUCAGAAAAAGGUUGAAGAACAGAGAAGAAAGGAGGAGCAGAAACGAUUGGCUGUGGAGGAGAAGAGGAAGCAGAAACAGGAAGAGGAAAAGGAGCACUAUGAGGCAGUGAUGCGGCGAACAUUGGAGCGUAGUCAGAGAGUGGAGCACAGGCAGAAAAGAUGGUCCUGGGGAGGGCUGUCAGACUCUGAUGGGCGAACAGGAGGCUCUGAUGCCAGCACCUCAUCUCCAGUAACUAUAGCUAUCUCCCCUGCUUCGCCAGAAAAGCCACCAAGGAGACGACAAGUGGACCCACGCUGCACAUCCACUAUGAAUCUGAAACAGCCGUCCGAGGCCGGCAUCAGCAAGCGCCUAUCUUCCUCCUCUGCCACCCUCACCAAAUCUCCUAACAAAAGUGUUAAGCCGAGGAGUUCGUCUUGUAACCGGUUGCCUAGCAAUGGCAACGUUGCUCAGACCAGUAAGGAAGAUGGCAAAAAGCUGCAGGUGGAACAGACAGGCCAGUCCAUGAAGAAGAGAAGUUCCUCCCUCACUCGAGUAAGUGUGGGCAGAGCACAGACCCCUCCCAAUCCUGAUAAGGGGACAACGGAUGAUCAAGCUCGCAGGCCACCAGCCAUCACUGUGGAUGGAGGGUUCCUUAGUCGCCUGCUCAGCCCUACCCAGGCGUCACUAGCUAGGAGCAAGAGCGCCGCUGCCCUAUCCGCUGAAGGAACAGAUGCUCCAGAGUGUCACCUGUGUCCUCGCUCAGCCUCUGCCAGCCCCCUGCAUCCACUACGUGGACCCGUGCGCAGCCGCAGCAUUGACCGGCAGAAGAGCGGCGUGACCACCUCUCUCUCCACUGACAGAGCCCCCAAUCCUUCACAGAAGGACAAUCAGUUUACAUCACCUGGGAGGCAACGUCCCGCCUCCCCUUCCAGUACCCUGGGACGCAACCGCUCACCAUCCCCAGCCCCUAGUCCACUUCCAAAGAGGACCCCUUCACCAGCAACAGCCAAGCAAAAUCCCAGAACACGCCCACUCUCACCUGGUGCAAUGAAACGUCCCCCAUCCCCCCAGCCUACAUCAACCAAACCCCCACCCAUCCAGAAACCAGCUCUUACUCCAACAGGACCCGCCACUUUCCGAAAGAGGAGCUCCAAGUCCAGCGAGGUGUCCCCUGUCCAGGCUGUGGCUCCACAGUCCUCUGAUGCCAAGACCAAAGAGAAAGAUGACUCUAAACCCUCACUGGGCACCAACUCGGCCGCCGAGGCAGCCAGGAUCCUAGCGGAGAAUCGCAGAUUAAUGCGAGAGCAGAAGGAGAGAGAGGAGCAGCUCAGGAUACAAAGGGAGGAAGAGGAGAGGCUGAGAAAGGAAGAAGAGCAGCGUUUGGCGGAAGAAGCGCAAUUGAAACAAUUGGAAGAGGAGAAGAAGCUUGCAGAGGAGCGAAAACUGAAAGAAGAAGAAGAGGCUCGCCUUGCAGAGGAGGAGCGGGUGAGACUAGCAGAAGAGGAGGCGCUGAAACAGGCUGAGCUCCAGAAGGAACGGGAGGAGGCUGAGGCCAAGGCUCAGGAGGAGGCUGAGAGAGCCCGUCAGGAGAGAGACCGCAUCAUGCAGCAGAACCAGCAAGAACGGAUGGAGAGGAAGAAGAGAAUAGAAGAAAUAAUGAAGAGAACUAGAAAAGGGGACCAAAGUGACUUUAAGAGAGAUGACGAUAAGUACACACAGGAGAAUGGAGAUGAGGAAGUGGACCAGAUAAACUAUGAAACCAAAAUUGACACCGUAGCCCAGACAGAUGACAUGGCCAUGGAGGCCAAUACAGAUGAGUGUGACCUGUCCUCUGGUGAGCCGGUGACACAGCGAGAGAUGCCCCUGGGCAGUGUCAAUGGGAAACUGGAGGCAGACGACAAAGAGAAUAAAAAUGGCAUAAGCACAGAUGAGACUCAGGCAGAAAGUCCAGUCCCUAAGGGUCGCCUCGUGGAGGGCUCGGAGUUCCUGAACAAGCAGGACUCCACCAAGGUGGGUCUGGUCUCAGGUCUCAACAGUAAAGCCAACCAGUGGAGCUUCGAAGAACUCAUUGACCUCAACGUCCACUCCAAGAUUCGGCCCCUCAUCGAGGCAGAGGACUGUAACCAGGUCUUGAUUAACUGUGACGGGAACUCAGACGGGACUAAGGUAGCCUUUGAAGACAAGAGGACCCCUGUCAGCACUCUGCAUUCCUCCAACCAACCCAUAGAAGCCCUGUCAGAGAUUUGAUGCUGCAGCCGUCACUGAGGAGCCUCUUACUGUUGCACUCAAAGUUCCUGUUUAGCUGAGCUCCCUAAAACAGUCCUGCCAGUUUCAAACAGCUUCUUCCUCUUUGUCCUCCUGCUCUUCACAAGAUGAAGCAGAAAGACCACACAAGUGCUACAUUUGCACCCUACAUGAUGAGGAAACAAAAAUAUUAAAAUUAUAUACGU